AUGCAUGAUGGUAUAUACGGCUUGGCUGACAAUGGCUGUAACGUUGAGUUGCUGUUGGACCUUCUGGAGACAAAAUGCCAUGUUGUUAACCCUCAACACUUUGAGGAUUGUGAGCUCCGUAGAGUGGAUGAGCGGGAGGUGAUGGCCAACUGCACCGUAAUGAUGACUGUAAAAAAUAGUGAUGCCAAAGUCACCAAAUAUGACUGUGACACGCGACAAGUAAAAACGAACAUGGAGAUGAUGAUGAUCUGCCCAGACUGUCCCAUGCUGAUCUCACUUGACAGCCCUGAAGGUAUCAAGUCUGUUAAUGAAGGUGUGAAAAAAUUCAACCAGAACACCACCAACCAGCGCUACUACAUCCUGCAGGAAGUGGGACGGAUAAGCUCUGCGUACAUGAUGGCGACAGGGAUGAGUUACUUUGCUGAGUUUGCCCUUGUGGAGACUCAUUGCCCAAUGGGAUCGAGAAUCAUUCCUGAGGCAUGCAAACCCCUCUGUCCUGACAGAGCUCAUCAUGCUGUUUGCAGUUCAUCUUAUUCCAGUACAGACGGACUCCAGUCUGUUGAGUGUGAAUUCUAUCCCCCAUCGAACAGUACUACCCUUGGCCCUGGUGAACAGGGCCCAGGUGAAUGUAGGCAUCGUGGUCGCCCCUCACAUGCUGGCGGUCACGGACACCAUCCCCAUACUCACGGUCACGGACACCAUCCCCAUACUCACGGUCACGGACACCGUCCCAAUGCUAGCAGCCAUGAGCACCAUCAACAUGCUGGUGGUCACGGACACCAUCGCAACACUAGCAGUCAUGGACGCCACCCUGAUGCUAGCAGUCGUGGACCCCCUCCCCACGCUGGCGGCCGUGGACCCCCUCCCCAUGAUGCCGGUCAAAGACAAGACAGGAAAGAUGGACCCCCUUUCAAUUCCUACCACCGCCUCAAACCCUUCCUUUCCUGCCAUGGAUUCCGGACCAAUUUUGACCCAGCUCUCCACCCCAUUUGCCCCUGGCCUCACCCUGAAACCAACCCAGAUCCAAAACUGAGCCAGUCCUGAGAUAAGGAAACAUAAGUGUUUGUUACUGUUCUGAAGACUUCUCUUAAUAGUCUCUAAUGUAUGUAAGACGUGCUAAAGUUCUUACAACAUACAACAGAACAUGUAAAAUAAACCAUUAAAGUGUCA